GUGACAGCUUUAUGUUUUUCCAUAAAUGUGGCGUCGUGUGUAUACUGUAUAUUAUAUUUCUUUUUAUUAGUAUUAUAACCGCAAUAUUGCAUUUAUUUAGCCCAUUUUAUAUAACACAAACUAUACUUUAAAUGGUUAGGCGUACGUGUUCGUUAUAUUAAGAAGUAGUAAAAGUAACAAGUGUCGUAAAUUAUCUAAUUAUAAAAUGGAUAGAAAUAAUAUGAGUUACAGAUCAAACUACGUAAACAGUGGACCAAGGUCCCUCCCACACAUGGGGGGAAACAAACGCCACGCGGGCAACGGUCACAGUGGAUCACGGCUCAGUCCGCCCGCACAGACUACAAAUAGCAACAAUCACAAUAACAACAAUAACAAGAAUCAGCAUGAUGAUAUUGUCAAUUAUAUAUUUGACUCUUGGAAUAAGGUGACCCGUGAAUUGGAAAGAGGCAGCGAAGAUGCUAGAUAUUAUCAGGAAGUGCUGGCGCCGCGUCAGCUGGCCAACUUCAGGCCGUUCAACCUCGAGGACUGGUGGGGCUGCCGCAUGAUGCAGACCAUCAACCGCAAGCACCGGUCUUAGUUCUAGCGCCCACACUUGUUACUAAUAUCUCAUUGGUACGCUACUUGUUUAAACUAUUCAGCUGCAAAAAAUUCAAAAAUUCAGCGGGAAAACUGCAUCAAUCAUUAUUACAGUACCCGGCAGAAAAUAUUGC